AUGCAGCUUACAAAGGGAAAAGUUGUUGUCAUAAUUUUACUUUUUUCUACAAUUUUAUGGAUAUACAAAUUUGACAAAUAUAAAAAAUCGGAUUCCUUAUAUAAAUGGAUACUAAUUCCUUUAUAUCUUAUAUUCACUUUAGGUGUUUACGCAUUAGUUUCCAUAUCCAUAAGUAUAUAUAAUGUUAAUAUUAUACCUCAUGACCAGAAUACGCUAUUAGAGGAACUGGAUGCCAUAAAAAGGAAAUUGCAAAUGAAAAAUUUUACCUUUACCUAA